AUGACUAUGAGGGAGAAAGGUUCCGCACGUGCAAGUAUCGAGUACAAUUCGAUUGGGGUGGAACGAACCAGGCUAAUUACCAGACCUAGGGUUGUGUUUAAAGUAUUACUGCAAUGGAAAGGAAAGCAAUCAGAGUACCAAAAGACAUUGGGUCUGGUCGUUACCCUUGAUUUAUCUUCCAAUAGACUAACCGGAGAAAUCCCAGAUGAAAUCACGAGUCUUUUGGCUCUUGUUGCCUUGAAUCUUUCAAGAAACAGCUUAAUCGGACCAAUACCUGACAACAUCGGUCAAUUGAGACAGUUGGAUUUUCUUGAUAUAUCGAGAAACAACCUGGUAGGCGUUAUCCCAACAAGCCUUUCACAGUUGAGCAAUCUUGGGGUGUUGGAUUUGUCGUUCAACAGCUUGUAUGGAAGAAUCCCGAAGGGCACGCAGUUACAGAGCUUCGAAAUGUCAUCAUACGCCGGAAAUCCUGCACUUUGUGGGGUUCCGUUGCUGAAGUUAUGCCCCGGUGACGAGUCAGGAAGUAGAAACCCAGAUGUUGCACAUGAACAAGAGUCUGAAAAUGAUAAGCUAAUAAAUAAGGGGUUCCUUUUUGGCAUUGUGGGUGGUUUUGCCUUUGGAUUUUGGGGUUUUUAUGGGACAUUGGUUCUCAAAGACUCAUGGAGACAUGCAUAUUAUGGAUUUUUGAAUGUCGUUAAGGAAUGGGUUCUUCUAAGGCUAGAGUUGAGUUUCGCUAGGCUCCGGAGGAAAACUUCACCUUAA